AUGUCUGAGUCCCCUCCAUCUCAAGAGACAGAGGAAGAGGAGGAACAGACUGAUUUUCUAAUGGCGCUGAAGGAGAAGCCACAUGGCCCCAUUGUGGCUACAGUCAAGUUGAACAACAGUCAAGUACAAUUUGAAGUGGACACAGGAGCGUCACGCACAGUCAUAGGGGAGGACUGUUUCAAGGAAAUGCAAGCAGCAGCACCUGGGUUGGUGUUGCUACCCUCUGAAGUGGUAUUGAGAUCUUUCACAGGGGAGAAGGUUGAGGUAAAAGGGAAAACAAGGGUGAAUGUGCACUAUGAGGGCCAGACAGCCACACUGGAUGUACUGGUAGUUCGGAGUCAGGGUCCAAAUCUGCUGGGGCGGGACUGGAUGGGCGUGUUGCGACUAAAUUGGAAAGAACUUUUCAAGCCAAUCUUCAAGGUGUCAGAUAACGCGCUGCAAAACGUUCUCUCUAAACAUAAUGACAUCUUCAGAGAUGAGCUUGGGACCUUAAAAGGUAUGGAAGUCCGAUUCCAUGUUAACACUGCUGUCAAGCCUCGCUACUGUAAGGCCAGGCCUGUGCCUUUCGCUAUGCGAUCUAAGAUUGAAGCAGAGUUAGACAGACUGCAAGCAGCAGGAGUCAUUGAACCUGUUACACACUCUGAGUGGUCAGCGCCCAUCGUGGCUGUAAUGAAACCAGACAGUACUGUUAGGAUUUGUGGAGACUAUAAGUUAACAGCAAAUGUAGCUUCAAGACUAGAACAGUACCCUCUACCACGUAUAGAGGAGCUUUUUUCUACACUGGCUGGGGGCACAAGCUACUCUAAACUAGACAUGUCCCAUGCCUACCAACAGUUGGUUUUAGCUGAAGAGUCACGUAAACUGGUGACAAUUAAUACUCAUAAGGGGUUAUUCCAGUACACACGUCUCCCUUUUGGAGUCUCUUCAGCUUGUGCAAUUUUUCAGAGGACCAUGGAGAACUUAUUGGCAGGGAUUCCACACACUACUGUUUAUCUGGAUGAUGUCCUAUUGACAGGACCAUCAGAAGAAGUCCAUCUCCAAACUCUCAGUCAGGUCCUGACACGAUUAGAGGAAGCAGGUCUCAGGCUAAAAAGGUCAAAGUGUGUAUUCAUGGCUCCAGCAGUUGAAUAUUUAGGACAUCGGGUGUCGGCCGCUGGUCUACAACCCUUGGAAAAGAAAGUAAGAGCUAUAAGGGAGGCACUAGAACCCAAAAAUGUUACCGAACUGCGAGCUUACCUGGGAAUGAUUAAUUACUACGGCCGUUUCCUUCCGGAUUUGUCCACAGUGUUGGCCCCUCUGCACAGCCUCUUAAAGGCUGGGGUCACAUGGGGGUGGGGUUCCCAGCAGCAUGUAGCUUUCCAGAGGUCAAAAGACUUGCUGUCAGCAUCAACGCUGCUCGUCCAUUAUGACCCACAACGGCCCCUAAUCAUAACUUGCGAUGCGUCUCCAUAUGGAGUAGGAGCCGUAUUAUCACAUAGCAUGGACGGAACCGAGAGACCUGUCUGUUUUGCCUCCCGCUCAUUGUCGGCAGCGGAAAAGAACUACUCGCAGUUGGAGAGAGAAGCCCUGGCUGUAAUAUUUGCAGUAAAAAAGUUCCACCAAUACGUGUAUGGGCGUGGCUUCACCAUACAAACAGACCACAAGCCGCUGCUGGGCCUCCUUGGGGAGCUUAAGAGCAUUCAGCCAGCAGCCUCACCACGCCUUCAGCGUUGGGCUCUACUACUGGCUCAGUAUCAGUACGUGCUCGCAUACAAGCCGGGACCCUCUAUUGCAAACGCUGAUGGUCUCAGCAGACUUCCCCUUCCAGAAAGGCCCAAGGAGACAAACACACCAGCCGAGCUCACAUGCUUACUGAAACAGCUUCAGACAGCCCCUAUUACUUGCCAGCAGCUGAAGUUGUGGACAGCAAGGGACCCUACACUUGCAAAGGUUUGCCGUUUUGUCAAAGAGGGAUGGCCUCUCAGUUGCCCAGCUGAGGCUUUGAGGCCGUUUUUUAAAAGACAAGUUGAGCUCAGCGUGGAAGACGGCAUCCUGCUCUGGGGACUUCGGGUGGUGAUUCCACCACAAGCUCGAGAAAUACUGCUGGAUGAACUUCAUGAGCCACACCCGGGAAUUUCGAGGAUGAAGUCAACAGCCAGAGGUCACAUGUGGUGGCCAGGAUUGGACAAUGAAAUAGAACAGAAAGUAAAAGCCUGCGUCAUCUGUCAAGAGGUACGCAAUGCUCCGCCCCAGGCGCCAGUCUCUCCUUGGGAAUGGCCUGGCAAGCCAUGGACACGCAUUCACAUAGACUAUGCAGGUCCAUUUCUGGGGGAGAUGUUUUUGAUUGCAGUGGAUGCGCAUUCAAAAUGGCUGGAAGUUGCCCCAGUCAGGGCAGCUACGUCAGCAGCAACGAUUGAGCACUUGAGGGCGAUGUUCAGCAUUUACGGCCUGCCCCACACGAUUGUGUCAGACAAUGCAGCGUACUUCACAAGCUCAGAAUUUAAAGGAUUUCUGUCAUCCAAUGGUGUAAGGCACAUAACAUCUGCCCCCUACAAGCCAUCCACGAAUGGCUUGGUUGAGAGAGCGGUGCAGACAGUAAAGAGGGCUCUGAAGAAAAGCAUGGAGUCAGGAGGGUCACUUAAGACACGCAUUUCAAGGUUCUUGGCAGCAUACAGGUCGACACCUCAUGCAACUACGGGGAGGUCACCAGCAGAGAUGCUGUUUGGCCGUCCUGUCAGAACAAGAUGGGACCUAUUAAGGCCAGACACUCAAACCAAAGUAUUUCGCAACCAAGAACGCAUGAUCUGUAGGGGGAACCGCACCAGACCUACCAGGACACUGAUGUCUGGGUCCGAGGUGUGGGUGAGGGAUUUUACAGGUCGGCAGAAAUGGAUACCAGGAGUGGUAAUGACUAGCACCGGCCCUCUCAGCUACAAAGUCCGGGUGGAUGGCCAGGUGCUUAGGCGUCAUGUGGACCACCUUUUAGCGAGAAGGGGGUUAGAAGGUCGUCACCAGGUAUACGAAGACCAUGGACAUGACGCUGAAGCAGACUGGGAUGCUGAUGCCCCGAGAGCUGAGCAGCCAGAGCAGCUGCCAGAGAUAGAGCCUGUGGAGCACGGACAGGGGCCUAGCGCUAUCGUGGAGGGAGAGGAAAGCGAUGCAGCCUGUGCCACAUCACCCCCUGGCUACCCAAGUGCCUGGCUACGCCACGCCACGCCACGCCACACCAGCGCCCCUGAUCAUGGCACGGACAGACGGGUGCUUCAGACCCAGAACGAGCGUGUUUCUUUGUCCAAAUACCUCGGCGUCCCCUGA